AUGCCACAGCGUCCUCGAAAGCUCCAACGAGCUUCAAAGGCCUGUGACUUUUGCCAUCGGCGCGGCAUAAAAUGCGACAAGAACAGAGGCUCUUUCCAACCUUGUCAAAAUUGUGCAGAUUUUGAUGUUCGAUGCACAUAUGAACGCCCUUCAAAGCGUAGAGGUGUUCGAAGUGAUCUUAACAAAGAGAUAAGCGAACCGGUACAACAUCGGGAUCGCCAACAUGGUGUUGCGACGUCUCCCUCUCGCCAAGCUCGUUCUCAACCUGCUGUUCAUCCCGAAGCCACUGAUCCCUCGCUGGCAGUUAUGGAUAAACACUGGGCUACAGAAGAUUGGAAACAAGACGACAACGCACUGUUGAAUUCGUGGAAGGCAUUCGCUAUUGCCUGUCAAAGUGUCGUUCAGAAUCUUGUCCAAGUGUAUUUUGAGAUAGUAUACCCGAUAUUUCCCCUAUUCCACCGUCCAUCGUUUCUGAGAGAGCUCCAGGACAAGGCACAUAUCCAUAAUCAGGGACUAUUUGCUUCCACAAUGGCCAUGUGUGCCUUGGCCUCCGCACGGGCUAGGGAUGGAGCCUUGUAUUCUAGUCGGUGGUGCCCUUCUCAGCUCUCAAAUCCUCCAUCCGAGGUCUUUUGUACGGCAGCAAAGGAGUCUAUUCCUCGGGACCUGACAGUAGCUAAAGGGGUCGAAUACAUGAGGGCAUGUGCAAUACUCAGCAUUGUCAGCAUUCAAAAUGGGCAGAUUCAGGACAUGCACCAAUACGCUGGAAUGUACCAUACAUUAAGUGUUAUGGGAGGGCUACAUGAUGAGAAAUUAUGGCCUAGGGACUUGAGUCUCGUCGAGACUGAAGUCCGUCGAAGACUGUUCUGGUCUAUGUAUACAUUAGAUGUUUAUUCAGCGAUCGUAUGGGGACGAAUAAUCCGCUUCCGAGAAGCGCAGUCUAACGUACGUUACCCUGGAAAUGUGAAUGAUGAUUCGCUCGAUUCUGAACCCGGAGUAUCUUCUGUACUGGAGGGCCGUAAUGCUACUCUGAUGUCCGCAGGCCACAGUGAUCAACCAGUUGCCUGGAUGCGUGGAUGGAACUUUACCACUGAUCUUUACCGAAUCUUGGAACAUGCUAUUGACUAUCAGCGACGAAGUUCAUAUAUUGAUACAGAGAGUGUCUGGUCAUUAUUUUGCCCAACGCCUGUGUCGGGGUCUUUGGUUAUGGAGCAUGUGGAUUCCAUGUUUUCUGCAUUACCUUCGCAGCUUCGAGUAACCGACCCUGCCACUGGAGUUCAAAACUGUGAUAUUGUUGGAUUCCAGUCGGCCAAUAUCCAAGCAACCCUCCAGCUUCUACGCAUGGUUCUUUCCUCAAGUGAAGACCAGGGGGUGGAGGAGAAAUGCGAAGUCGCAGGCAAUGUUCUCACUGUGUUUUCCAAGGUACCGAUUGAAUAUUUGAAAGCCAUUAGUUCUCCGUUGUUUUACCAUUUGGGGGGUAUUGGCUAUAUUCUUGGAUCUGUGAUGGAGGGCAGCUUGUCAGAAGUAUCUUAUCAACGAGUUCGCAAACUUCUGUUAGAGAUGGCUGCACUUUUACAUCGUCUAGAGUCAGGAAUUUCCCGCUCAACCGGCGCCAGUGAGAGACUCAAAACACAAGUACAACGAAUAGACGACUAUAUGCAGAAACAGCGGCCUUCUAAUGCACAUGGUGGUCUGGUGGAAAGAUCCACAGUAUCUGGACCUGCCUACGUUGAGAAUCGGUAUAGCCCAUCACUAUACGGGGAACACGGCUUGCAAUCUAGCCAAGAGCACCUUACCGAGUUUGAUGAUCCAUUAGCUUUUUUCCAAUUGCCUCAAGACUUACUGGAUGAUUGGCCUUGGUCGUCUGACACAGGUUUGUUAGAUGGGAUGUUUCCGAUGGCCUUUGAUAAGGUGAAGCAGCAGGACUCUUGCAUCUUGCCAAUCAAUAAUACUGGCGAUCUGAGUCGAACUCAGGUCGAUGAGCAACCCACGUUCUCUCGCAGAAUACCUAGAAAUAUCACGUGGCCUGUGCCAUAUGAUGAAGCUUCACUACGUCACGGCGAAGACGUUCCUUCCGUUUUUCAGCUAAUCAUUCACCAGCCUUCCUACUUCCUCAGUAGUCAGAUUACUACUUCUCAGCACUAUCCUCUCAUUCCUCAGGCAACUCCUCCUUCUGUCAACAUGUCAACCUCGAAACCGACAGCAAAGCAGAUCCUCGAAGAGGUCACUCAGACGAUAAAAGACAUCACCCUCACCAACUAA